AUCAAUAACAACGCCGCCUUUUCCUUUCUUCUUUCCAUUUCCAAGCUUCUUAGUUUUCUUUCAUGGUGUCCAAAUUCUCAUAAAACCCAUAUUGGAAACCCUAUUUUAAUAUAUAUAUUUUUCUUUUGAUUUAGAUGUUAAAGCUAUGGAAGUAGCACCCACAAGCACCCCUCCAUUAAGCACCACAGCACCCAAAUCACCCGACCCUGACACCGAAAUACAAACCCGGAUUGAACCAACCUCCAAUCCCAAAUCGUUCACCAACGGUGUCCUCAAGCGUCACCGCCACCACCACCAAGCGCCGCCCAUAGUGGUGAUCUACAAAGAAUGUCUCAAGAACCAUGCAGCCACUUUGGGUGGCCAUGCUUUAGACGGCUGUGGUGAAUUCCUGCCUUCCCCAACCGCAACCCCAACCGACCCAACCUCCCUCAAGUGUGCCGUUUGUGGCUGCCACCGAAACUUCCACCGCCGGGAACCCGAAGAUCCACCACCCAUGACAAUAGCCACCGCUACGAUAGAAUACCAGCCUCACCACCGCCACCAUCCACCACCUCCCACAACUCAGCAGCCAUCGCAUCGUAGUCCAAACUCAGCUUCCCCUCCGCCGAUCUCAUCAUCUUACUACCCUUCAGCUCCCCGUAUGCUUUUAGCUCUUUCCGGCGGCCUAACCGGUGCAGUGGACAGCUCACAUUUACAAGGUGUUGGAACCCUUAACACAAAUCUGGGUUCCAACUCGAAAAAGCGAUUCAGAACAAAGUUCAGUCAGUUCCAGAAAGACAAGAUGCUGGAGUUCGCUGAGAGAGUUGAGUGGAAGAUUCAGAAAAGAGAUGAAGAAGCUAUGCAAGAGUUUUGUAAACAAGUUGGGGUUGAUAGAGGAGUUUUGAAAAUUUGGAUGCAUAACAAUAAGAACACUUUUGGGAAGAAAAGUCAAGCCAUUAACGGAGCAGAAUCUGCAAACAAAAACAACAACUACAUUGAUACUGGAAUCACCCAUGAAGAAGACCAUAACAACAACAAUGGUCAGAAUCUAAACCACCACUUUGAAAGUGUUCAUCUUGGUACUAAUGGCUCUUCUUCAUCUUAAUCAUGAUUAUCAAUUUCUUUUUCUUUUUAAUGACGAGAUAAUAAGCUGUGAGAUAGAUUGAGGACUUGUUUAUUAGCUGUUUUUUCCCCUUUCUUU